UGCUGCUGAGCCAGAGCUGGGGAUUAAGUGCGGGAUCUGCGGAUCGAUCAAACCGGUAACAGAAGCUCAGUAACCGGUAACAGAAGCUCUCUAUACCGCUGGAUCUGUACUGUCAACUCGAUCUAACAGCAGGACUACAGUACUGUCCUCUGUCUACUGCAGCUGGCAUGAGCUAACAUGGAAACCAAACCUUUUUUAUCACUCGGGUUCCUGAAAAGCCCGUGCUCACUGGCCUCGCAAUGUGUGCAGGGCCGGCCAGGCAAUGCCGGCAGCUCGCCCACUGCCUGUUCCUGCUUCACGGGCAUGUGCCCGCUACACCAGCGCAGGAUAUCUACAGGUCAGCUGUCUUCAUCUCCUCUUAACUCCCCGACAGGUCAACGUACCAUUGGCUCUCACCCGCUUCACCCAUCUCUGCUCACCCCAUCCUCGAUGAGCGCCACGCCAGGUCAGCUCCACUCACCCAUCAACGGCCUAGCAUCACCCUUCCCUGUUAUCAGCUCGCCCAUGGGCCAUCCAUCCAUCACAGGACCUUCCUCCACCAGCAUGGCCUUUGGACCCAGUCUCAGUCCACAACUUAGCUCACCCAUGACAUCAGUCAGCAGUCCAGAAGACAUUAAGCCUCCUCUGGGUCUGAACGGAGUCAUGAAGGUUCCAGCUCAACCGACCGGCACCAUGCUGUCCCUCACCAAACACAUCUGUGCCAUCUGCGGAGAUCGCUCCUCAGGCAAACACUAUGGUGUGUACAGCUGUGAGGGAUGCAAAGGCUUUUUCAAGCGCACAGUAAGGAAAGACCUGACCUACACCUGCCGAGAAAACAAGGGCUGUCCCAUCGACAAGCGUCAGCGCAACCGCUGCCAGUAUUGCCGUUACCAGAAGUGUCUGGCCAUGGGCAUGAAGAGAGAAGCUGUUCAGGAGGAGCGUCAGAGGGCGAAAGAAAAAUGUGAAGCAGAAAUGGAGCUGGCAGGCUCUACUGAAGACAUGCCAGUGGAGAAAAUUCUGGAAGCCGAGCUGGCAGUCGAACCCAAAACUGAAACCUACGUGGAGGGCACUGCUGGGACGCCCACCAACUCGCCCAACGACCCCGUCACAAACAUCUGCCAAGCUGCGGAUAAACAGCUUUUUACAUUAGUGGAGUGGGCCAAAAGGAUACCACACUUCUCCAACUUGCCUUUAGACAACCAAGUCAUCCUCCUACGAGCAGGGUGGAACGAAUUACUUAUUGCUUCUUUCUCACACCGUUCAAUAAGUGUGAAAGAUGGCAUAUUGUUAGCAACUGGCCUCCAUGUGCAUAGAAACAGUGCACAUAGUGCUGGAGUGGGUGCCAUUUUUGAUAGAGUGCUGACGGAGUUGGUGUCGAAGAUGCGGGACAUGCAGAUGGACAAGUCUGAGCUUGGAUGCCUGAGAGCAAUUGUUCUCUUCAAUCCAGAUUCUAAGGGCUUGUCAAACCCAGCAGAGGUGGAGGCACUCAGGGAGAAAGUGUACGCUUCACUGGAGGCGUACUGUAAACAGAAAUACCCAGAUCAGCCUGGGAGAUUUGCUAAAUUGCUCCUUCGACUGCCUGCUUUGCGCUCCAUCGGUCUGAAGUGUCUAGAACACCUCUUUUUCUUCAAACUCAUCGGAGACACACCUAUCGACACUUUCCUAAUGGAAAUGCUAGAGGCGCCACAUCAAAUGACAUAACGGAGCCGUGUCUCCUUUUGCCUAUUACAACGUUGCUCAGAAACAACCGUGUGCAGUCUUUUGCACACAUCACCUCCAAAGACUGACGCGAUGCAUCUCAGCGCCACCUGCUUUAUUUCUGAUAAACUUCAUACCGAGAGACACAUGAACUACGAGCUCUGCUUCAGUGCUUUAUCUCUGAAAUUUGUAAAUCAUCUAAUUACAAAGACUGUUCAGUGUGGAUUCAUGUCUAAGGAAGAUGGAUUAAGUGUCAAUGCUGGUUGUUUGGGAGAAAAGGUCCUAUGGAUUUUAUAUGAGAACUCCUGUGAUUUUCUCAUUCUGGCCUACCUCUCCAUUCCACCCCUCUCACAAGGCUUUUGGUCAAACAGUUUCAUCGCUGUAAACGUUAAUGUAUAAGUGUACAAGGAUGCAACAUUCAAGAAAACAUGCAAUACCUCAACUCAGCUCAAACCCUUGGUACCACGACUCAUUUCUUUGACACCUCAUCACUGCCUUUGUUAUAGACUGAACUGUAUGUACAAAAAUAUUCAGUGUUAAUGUUUUGUGUUUUGCAAUUUUUGUAAUACCUGAAAAUCUUGGUAAAGAAAAUGUAAAAGAAAAAAAAA